GUAACUAUCACAGUCAAGUAGCUUCUUCUAUUCCCUCCCGCACAACCACCACCACCUCCUGCAGACUCUCUUCGUUCUCUUUCCCAAGGUGGCAAGAUGCUUCUCGUUUGCUCUUGGAAUAAUGAGAAGAGAAAGUUUUCCAUAAUAUGGAUCAGGCUCAGGUGAAACUUGAGGUUGGCAGGCUUCGCUUGAAAAUGUCUCCAUGGCUGCCAACUGAAGAACUCCCAUGGUAUUUUCUGUUAAACAUAGUAAUGAUUCUGGUGUUGGCAGUGACAAGAACAGUCGCACAGUCGUUCGAGCCCUUGCAUCCAAGUUCUUCAGUGUGUAAAAUUCAGACAACAACACUGACUUGCAAUGUGAAGGAUAACAAGAAAUACCGACUGGAGAGCAUCAAGUGGGACACAUUCCAUGAAGUUAUCAUCAACAAUGCAAGUCACCUGAUCCUGGAGGAGCCCCUGUGUACUGACCAGAUCAAGAAAGUGAAGGUAUACUACGCUGACCAAGUCACCACCGAGCAAGGCGAUGAAAAUUGCUACCAACAACUUUACCUUUACAACAGCCUGCAUGUGACCAUCGAAGAAGGAGUUAACCUCCUACAGAUGUUCUCUUCGGAAGCACGCAAAGUAAUCCUUCCCCUUGGGAGCUUUCACCUUACAGACACGCAGGUGGGAGAAGCAAACUUGACAGUGGACAAUGGUAAGUCCAUCAUGACCAGCUCUACUACAAUCCAGGUGGUGAAGGGGCUGGUGGUUAAAGGAUUGGCGGUGCUGAGUAUGGAGAACACCUCACUGGGCAGGCUGGAGGGAUUCAUCUACGACUCCGAUCAGCACGGAGAACUCAAGGACGUAACAGUGGAUUCUGUGGCCUCUUACGGCUUCCAGGUGGUCAGGGGCAUCCUUAAACUUGACAAUGUCUUCAUCAAGAACAUAGCGUCCUUUGGUUUGCUGGUGGUGCAAGACGCGAAACUCAUCCUCCAACACUGUGUGAUUGAGACCGCCGUGUACGAGAGCAUUCUCAUCAGCGAUGGAGGCACUAUAAUCUUCAAGAAUGUGACAAUCAGCCAAGAUCACAAAGUCUUCUUUACUUUAUCAAGUGCGUUCGGAAAGCUGUACCCGCUGGCUUUCUUGGAAAACCGAUCCAUCUCAACAUCAGGAUGGAUCGCGAUCGCAGUGUUCACUGGAGCGACGGUUGGUGCCGCAGCGGGCUUUACUUUGAUGAUUGUAGUGCAGCGGCGCUUCAAAUCCUCGAGGUCUAAGACGGACACCACCAACCACACUGAGCAGACCACAUCCCAGAGUGCUUUGAGUCCAAACUCCUACAAACAUAUGGACCAAUUCACUCCAACCCCAUCAAGGCCAAACAAGGCAGACAGAGAGCAGCAGGUUGAUGCAAUGCAAGGCCCAUCCAUCGAGCUGGCACCCAGGGCACCUAUAUCACAAAGACCCCAAGUGCCUUUGCCACACGGAAGUUCGGCCUUAACGAUGACAGCUCAAAACUUGUCUAAAUCUAGCACCGUCAAUGAAUACCUUAAUUCGAAAGAUAGGGAUGAACGGGAUGUUCUGCCGUUACCGCCUCCACCUCCGCUGCCCGCAGAAGAUGAAGAACUGUACGAUGACGUGCAAGCCGCAAGCAGCCCGGAAGGAAAAAUAUUCCCUCUCCCUUCCGAAGUGCCGAAUUUACCACGCUUUUACAAGAAAUAGCCUUAGCACGUGAAAUUACUUCGGUGAAAUCAAAGAAAUGCACUAGGUGUGUGUGUGUGUGUGUGUGUGUGUGUGUGUGUGUGUGUGUGUGUGUGUGUGUGUGUGUGUGUGUGUGUGUGUGUGUGUGUGUGUGUGUGUGUGUAUGUGUGUGUGUGUGUGUGUGUGUGUGUGUGUGUGUGUGUGUGUGUGUGUGUGUGUGUGUGUUUUCAUUACACUGCAACAAUUAGCUUUUUUUUUCCAUUUUCCGUCUUUUUUCCAUCACGAAUUUGAAAUGAGCCUGAUCCUGGUCCUCGUGUCAUUGAGUCAGUUUCAGCAAAUUAAAGAAAAUCACUCAGAAGCUAAAUCCUCAUGCCAAACAACAAGUAUGUAAAAUAAAAGACUUAUCCAAUCAGUUUUUUGUAAUGUACCGAAUUUAUCAAUGAAAUUAUACACACCACCACCACUACCAACAACAAUCAAUAACCAACGCCACCACAAACAAAAAGGAUGACAAUCACGACCACCACCAACAACAGAAACAGUAACAGCAGUACAUACAGUAGUAGUAGUAAUAGUAGUAGUAGUAGUAGUAGUAGUGAUUACAAAAAUAUUGACGAUUAUUCUAUUAUUAGUUCUACUACUGCCACCAAUAUUAUUACUACUAAACGACCAUUAUGAAUAGAAUGGUAAUAGUAUCAUCCCAUCUCCGCCUGCUUAUCCCCAGAAAUACGCCAUAAAACAUGUCUCUUGUAGCGUGCGCGCGCACAUACUAAAGCACAAACAUGUGCACGCCCACACAUAUCUGUAGGUCUUUCCAUUAAACAUUUAGAAAACGCUACUAGUAUAUGAUUUGAGGAACAACCUCUGUGAAAUCCAUGUUGACUACUUAAAGUUACUUAUUUCUCUUGAAGUAAGCAGUGAGGUAUACUGGAACAGCUCCUCUACUCUUUAGGUCAGUACAGUAUCAAUCAUUACGAUUGCAUGCCAUAUGACAUUGCGGUCACUCUGAGGGCUAGGUACAGACUGCUUCACGAGGUGUUUUUAGAAAGUUUCGUUCAGCAUCCUAAAUUACGGCAACCUCUUCACCAUGACCUUUUUUUUCUGUAUUAUCAUUGUGUCUGCCACUGUACAAUGUGCAAAAUAAUUUCAUAGAUUAUGCAUGUUGAUUAUGCUUUUGUCACAAGGGCUUUUUUUUGUUGAUGUCUCUUCCUCUUAGUUUUUAAUUAAUUAGGUUUUUAUAAAAAAAAUUUGGGGUAUUUAUUUAAAGUUAGUAUUGAAUUACUUUUGCUUUGACUUAGCUUAUUGUUCAAUUUAAUUUUGAUUUAGGUGUUGUCAAUACAUAUAGAAAUAUUAUAUUAGCUGCCACCAGUCAUGGUUUCUGUCAAAAAAUUCUGACCUUGCUUUAUACGGCAGCGUUUUAGCCGGAGGGCUUUAAGGCACUGGAAAAAAAAAAAAAAAAAAGAACUCCAUGACAACCAAAUUGAGUUUUAUUAAAGUUAGC